CCAACCAUCCACUCCGGCUGCCUGAGGCUGAAAAAGCGCGCAAGAGAAAGUAGGAGGAGUGCAGUACCCGGCAGCUCCACCCACCAAAACCUCUAGCCAAUCAGAAGUGCCCUGCAAGCCUCCACUACAAUAGGUGAAUGUCUCCUAAGUGAGAUGAGACGGGAGAGGGAGAGAAGACCUGUGUGAGCCCCUGUCUGACUCAUUCACCCAUGGGAGUUUGAAGUGACAGAAUAAAUCUACAGAGACGAGGCUCAGGAUAACAUUUCAGAGCUGAGAGCAGGCAGGCACAUACACACAGACAAACAGAGCCACAGCUGAGUGAGAGACAGACAGAUAUACAGAACAUCCACAGAGAGAUAAGAGUUGGAGUCAUUGUCAUGUUGGUGGUGUUACUGAUCCUGCAUGCCGUGUCCUGUGCCCAUUCUCACGGGUCGCCGGGUGCCGCUGUGCCUGUGAAGCAGUGUCCGUCUGCUUGCCAGUGUGAGGAGGAUGGCAUCCUGCUUCUGGUGGACUGCUCCGAACAAGGACUAUCCAGCGUGCCAACUGAUCUGAGUCCUUUGACGUCUUACCUGGAUCUCAGCAUGAACAAUAUCAGCGAGAUUCAGCCCAACGCUUUCCGCAACCUGCACUUCCUCAGUGAACUAAGACUCUCGGGCAACCACCUGAGACACAUCCCUGGCCCCAUGCUCCAAGGCCUCUACAACCUCAAAGUCCUGAUGUUGCAGAAUAACCAGUUAGAGCGAUUGCCCAGUGAAGACCCAUGGGAAUUACCCAAUUUGCUGUCUCUGCGUCUGGAUGCCAACCUGAUUAUGGAGGUGCCGGCGAGGACCCUCUCGGGUAUGCGGUCCCUGCGGCACUUGUGGCUUGAUGAUAAUGCCCUGACAGAGAUCCCAGUGAGCGCCCUCAACGACCUCUCCUCGCUCCAAGCUAUGACCCUUGCCCUAAACCGCAUCACCCUCAUCCCAGACUAUGCCUUCAGGAACCUAUCGAAUCUAGUUGUCCUCCAUCUUCACAACAACAUGAUCCGGACCCUUGGACAGAACUGCUUUGAGGGACUGCACAGCCUCGAGACCCUGGAAUUGAACUUUAAUGACCUUCAAGAGUUCCCCGUGGCCAUUCGCACACUGGCCAAGCUUCAGGAACUGGGAUUCCACAACAAUAACAUUAAGGCCAUUCCUGAGAGAGCGUUUGUGGGGAACCCACUUCUGCAGACCAUUCAUUUCUAUGAGAAUCCCAUUCAGUUUGUUGGCAGAUCAGCAUUUCAGUUCUUGCCAAAGCUGCACACACUCUCUUUGAACGGGGCCACUGAGAUCCGAGAGUUUCCAGAUCUGAAAGGAACCACCAGUCUGCAAGUUCUUACACUGACCCGCGCUGGAUUGACCAGCCUGCCAUAUGAUCUCUGCCACCUGCUGCCGAAAUUAAAAGUGCUGGAAUUGUCUCACAAUGUCAUCGAAGAGCUGCCAAGUUUUUACCACUGCACUUCUCUUCAAGAGAUAGGCCUGCAGCACAAUCUGAUCAAACAGAUUGAGAUGAACACAUUCCAGCAGCUCGGCUCUCUGCGCUCUCUGGACCUAAGCUGGAACAGCAUCAACUCUAUCCACCCCGAUGCCUUUUUCUCUCUUCAGUCUCUCAUUAAACUAGAUCUCACUGGGAAUCGACUGAGUAAUUUGCCGAUGACUGGACUGACAAGUCUUACUCAUCUCAAACUGAAAGGCAACAUGGCACUGUCACGUUCCUUCGGAUUGGAGGACUUCCCCAACAUAAGGGUCAUCGAGAUGCCAUAUGCCUAUCAGUGCUGUGUUUUUGGAGGCUGUAGCAGUUACAGAUCUGCCAGCCAGUGGGAAGAACAGAUGGGCAGUGAAGAGGAAGAUUUCCAGAAGAAAUCUCCGUCCCUGUUCCCCAUACACACUGACAACAACUAUGACCUUGACUUAGAAGAAUUCCAGUUAGCGAUUGAAGAGUCCAAGCUACAGACCAGCAUACAGUGCACCCCCAUCCCAGGUCCAUUCAAACCAUGUGAUAACCUGUUUGACAGUUGGGUGGUACGACUUGGCAUGUGGCUCAUUUCUUUGGUCUCGCUGAUGGGAAACAGCCUUCUGAUCCUGACAGUCUUCACAUCCCCCAGCUAUCUCUCUCCUGUUAAGUUCAUCAUUGGAACCAUCAGUGGUGCCAACCUGCUAACAGGCCUAUGCACUGGAACCUUAGCUUUAGUUGAUGCCCGGACAUUUGGAGAGUUUGCCCUGCAUGGCGCUCAGUGGGAAAUGGGUGCAGGUUGCCGAGCAGUAGGCUUUCUUUCAGUGCUGGCCUCAGAGGGCUCCAUACUCUUCCUGACUUUGGCCGCAGUGCAGUGCAGUGUGUCUGUCUCAUGUGCCCGCGCUUACGGAAAGUCACCAUCUUUGGGAAGUGUCCGAGCCGCUGCAGUUGCAUGCUUGGCACUUUCGCUUGCAGUCGCUGCUUUGCCACUAAUUGGGGUCGGAGAGUACGGGGCAACUCCACUCUGCAUGCCAUCACCCCUACCAGAUGGAGAACCUUCCACACUGGGAUUCAUGGUUGCUCUCAUAAUGAUGAACUCUUUGUGUUUCCUGGUGAUCACUGGAACUUACAUCAAGUUGUACUGGGACCUGAUGAAGGGCGACUUUGACAGCAUUUGGGAUUGUGCCAUGAUUAAGCAUGUGGCCUGGCUCAUCUUCACCAACUGCCUGCUCUACUGCCCCGUUGCCUUCCUCACCUUCUCCUCCCUUCUAAGCCUCUUUCCGGUAAGUGAGGAGGUUGUCAAAUCUGUCGUCCUAGUGCUUUUGCCUCUUCCAGCAAGCAUCAACCCUUUGCUGUACCUUCUCUUCAAUCCACACUUCCGUGAAGACAUGCGUCUCCUUUUGAGCAGAGCUCACCUCAAUCAUGAUCGCAACCUGGAUUCCUUUGUCUCAGUUGACACAGAGAAAAGCUCCUAUGACUCCACUCAAGCCCUGGUGUCUUUUGCCACUGAAGCAGAUGGAGUGUUUGAAAGUUUGUCAGUCCCAAACCCUGAGACAGUUGCCCGGUUUACAUGCCCACCCUCAGUGGCUCUGAUUCCAUGCCAGAUGCAGAUGAAACCAUCAACAGACAGGGAGAACACUGGAGAGAAUCUGAUCAGAUCAGCACCAGGACUCAUUGCCAAAGAGCAGGAGCACAUUAGAAGCAGUGGAGUGGACACUCAGAAUGGCACCUCCAUCUUCUCUGGAGCAUACCACUCCACAGGUCCUUCAGCUCAUUCUCAGGUCUUUACCUAAACUGUAGUUAUUUUAAGGUCCUCUGAGUGUGAGAAGUCACAAACCCACAAAUGAAAUAAGUCUGAAAACCUACAGAGCUAAUGAUCAAUGAACUGAUUAAUCUUGGGACUAUACAUAACCAUAAUGUCCCAACUGCUAGAUGGCAUUGUACAAAUAAUCAAAUAAAAGACGAGACAAGAAAAGCAUUACAUUUUGUGCUCCACUCACAUAAAGAUACAAAACCUGUCACUGGGGUUGUAUCUUUUCAAAAGAUGCAUUUUUGUACAUAACAGGUCCACAUUGGUACCUAAUAAGUACAAAUGUGUACAUUAAAGGUACGUUUAUUUCUGUGUACAAUCGAGUGGGUCGUUCAAUAAUUUAAGCAGCGAUGGUCAAAAACAAAUUUGCAUAUAUAUUUUUUGUAACUUUGUAAACUGUUUGUGUAAUUAGGAUUAAAGGAAUGUUACAGGUUAAAUAUUGCUACCAUUUGAGGAAUACUGGUGAUUCUUAAAGAAAACAGCAUCUUGUUUUACUCAACACUUUAGUAAAAAUAAAUAAUACAUGAAUAAAGGAAGUUUUGAAGGCAAAGAACUUCAGUAUGAACAGACAAAUUCUAGAAAAUGGUGACAGUCAAUACACAAUACAGAAUUUUUACAAUAGAAAUGUAGAUUAAAUUAGUU